CAUGAUUAUGUAGCACAGUAAAUAACUGAAUAGCCCUGUGUAAUUGAAAAAAAUAAUCCGGAUUUUUUUUUAAUUUUCUAAUCUGUAAUUUUUAAUAUAUGAGUGGGCUAAGAAUACAUUAAUGGUUAUAUAAAAAUGAUACGCAUUUUUAUCAAUGGUAUUUUGCUGGUACUCGUAAGUAGAGUAAUAUGUGAUGAUGAUGACUAUUAUGGAAGUUCCUCAGAGGAGGAUGGAGGCGCUUAUGGGGAUACCAUAUAUGACUCAAGAGAUUAUCCUCUUAAUUUGGAGGGAUCUUUAAGACAACGCUUGGCUUUGAAUGGCGCCAUUGCAGAACCAGGCAAGAGUUUUGUCUGUUCACCCAUUUCGGCCCUGAUGCCGCUAGGGAAGCUAGCUUUAGGGGCAACAGGCACUUGUAGAAGUCAGUUAGAGGAGGGUAUUGGCGUAAGAUCAAGGUCGGAGAUGAAAAAGAGCUUCCAAUCCUUACUGGCUGGACUGAGAUCACUGUCUGGUGUGAAAUUAACAGUUUGCAGUAGAAUAUACGUCUCCAAAGAUUACACGCUGAAAUCCGAAUACACACGCGACACGAAGGACAUUUUCAAAUCUACCAUCAAAAGAAUUAACAUGAAUAAACCCGAUAAAGUGGCCCGUAAAAUUAAUAAUUGGGUAAAAGAUAAAACAAGAAACCUGAUACGGGAAAUAAUACAGCCAAAUAGUAUUUCUCCGCAUGCUUCGGUGAUACUAGUAAACGCGGUAUAUUUUUCGGGUAACUGGAUGAAAAAAUUCCGCGAUAUCGAAAUGCGAGACUUUUACACAGCUACUGACGUCCGCAAGGUUCCUAUGAUGACGAGGGAGGGCAAAUACAAAUAUACUAAAAACGAUGCGCUCGAUUGUCAGAUGAUAGAAAUCCCCUACGUUGGAGGCCAAGCAUCAUUUAUUAUAUUCCUACCAAAUACAAAGGACGGGUUGCCAUUGCUGCUAUACAAGUUAAAACUAGCCCCAGAUUUGAUGCAGACUGGUAUUAAUAAAAUGCGAGUGGAGAAUGUAAUACUGUCUAUUCCGAAGUUCAAAACGACUACGGAAUUAGAUCUGAAAGUUUCAUAUGAAAAGUUGGGAUUAAAUGAAAUGUUAAAACCCCAAAACUCUGGUUUAAACGGAAUAGUUAAAGGAGACAAUCACUUGUACGUGUCGAAAGCCAUUCAAAAGGCAGUUAUAGACGUAAACGAACACGGCACAGAAGCCGCUGCUGCUUCUGUGGGGGAAGCUUCAUUAAUAUCCAAUAUUUUGUACGAAAUAAAAUUCGAAGCAAACAGACCUUUUUAUUAUUUUGUCAAAGUAAGGAAGGAGAAGAUUUUUACGGGUGUUUACAAUUAAAUAAUUAAUGUGUAUGAUCAUCUACAACAAUUACUUACUUAAUGCUAUGGCACGAUGACCCAAAGUGGAUCUUGGCCUCCGACACCAAAGACCGCCAUGCUUCUCUGUCCAUAGCCAUUUCUGUCCAAUCAACGGCGCCGAGUUUGCUAAGGUCUUUUUGCACUUCGUCUCUCCAGCGGUAUCAAGGAUGGCCAGAAGAUCUACGGUCAUUUGAUAAGCCCUACACACCUGCACGAUCGUCACAUUCGUCACGUCAUCCGGACUAAGUGCCCAAGCUAUCGGAGUCUAGCGGCUUUCAUAUCCCCUGCAAUUAUCACCUUUUAAACAGUGCUUGAUUUACACCGGCCUAAUUUAUAUACAUAUUCUUAGAAUACACGAAGUAAUAUAUACUAAUAUAUAUAUUCUAGGUCCAUGGGGUCCCAGCGCGCAUAA